UCUGUUGAGGGACGUUGUAGGGAUAGGUUUGUACUUGUGGCACGUGUGAAUCUUAUAGACGCCGAGCCAAAAAUUUUUCAAGUGAAACAUUUUGCACCAAAACAAUACUUUAGGUUGUGAAGAGAAGAUUGACAUUGCAAGAAUUUGACAGUCUGACAUCGUGUUAGUGUUGUCGUGCGUGUUUCAUCGCGAAAUUCAGUGCCAUUGCCUUUGUAAACGUUGGAUAAGUGUUUGCCAAUAGAAGAGUGACGCCGCCUGGAAGGUUCCGCAACGGCACCGUCGCACAUUUAUGUGAUUAGUUGCAAUGGACGGUAGUCGUUUCUUCUCGAAAUAGUUUUGUGAAACAUUUGCGCAAGAGAAGAUGGAUCCGGAAUCGGCUCUUGGACAGUUGCUGCAGGCUGCCAUGCUUGUUGGUGCUGGAUCAACACGUCUGAACACCACACCGAUUGUUCCCGGAAUGAAAACGGAAUUUCCAGGACCUCCACCCGUGUACGAUGGGCACGGUUUCGGCCCGCCCGUCAUCCUGGAUUUGUCUCCCCGUGGUGUCGACCACCUUCCAUCCAUCCAGUCGCCUUACACUCCUGUGACGGUCGACGGAGAGAGCUGCGGAGAGACGGAGAUGCGCAUCAAGCGCGAAGUCAAGACGGAAUCACCGGAUUUCGCCGCCGGUGAUGACGAGAGUGAAGACGACGACCAAGUGGAUAGCGGCGAAGUAGAGGACGAAAUGGGGGGAGGAUGUAGCCGGACUAUGGGACGGAUGCCGGAGGCGAGUCUCCUCAAAUGGCAUCAGAGGAGGCGAAAACAGCAGGAGGAGCAAUCGCAAGUCAUCCAGUCGGCUUCGGCGAUGACAUUGGACAGCUCUGUGCUAUCGCCACCUUGUGAUCUCGAUCCGGCCGCUUCUGCUCCGAAGCGCAAAACUCUGAUCCAUCCGCAGCGCAAACAUAACGCAACAGCCUCCGCUUCAUCGAACGUGGCCAUUCCCGUUGGCAUUGCCGUCGCCAGGCAACGCAGAGACAAGUGUCGCUCCGACACGCCCACGCCACCCGUCCAGCCAAAAGCUCGACGUGCCGCCCAGUCGAGUCCUGUUUCUUCGUACCCGACGGAUGCCAUGUGCAUGUCGAAUGCGUCCAUCGGAUCGACUGAUCAACAUCCGUUUAACAGCCCUUCUUCACUAGCUGGCCUAAGUGCAAAUUAUCCGGGCGGAAGAGCCGUUUAUAAUCCGACGGCUCUUUACGCCGGUCAUCCGACACCAAUUGCCGCCAAUGCGGCCAAUUGGGCUUGGCCGAAUGCGACCGACUACAGUGCCGCCGCCGCAGCUCACUCGCUAUGGUCGGCGACGGAUGUCAACUCCAUCAUGCGCUAUUCCACUUAUCCGCCUACUCCACAGCCAUCUAACGUCUCGUCGUCCCUCCUUCAUCAACAUCAUCAUCCGGUCGGCGGAAUGACUCCUCCGCCUUUUCUCCUGAUUCCUACCGCCUGCCUCGAUCCUUAUCAACGAGCGGCCACAGUUUAUUGGCAGAGUUAUGCCGCACCGGCUCAGUCGCCGUGGGGUCUCCCGCCAGAUAUGGCAGCGUCCCCGACAGCUUCAUGGGCUCUCCAUCCACCGGUCAGAUCGGCUUUUGAAUUGCCGAUUCUCCGAAGUGACGUCACGCCGUACGAGGACCCUACGACCCACGCAUCCAAACCGGCAUGCGUCAUAAGCAGUCCUCCCGCCAUGGCCGAAAUUAAGGAAGAGCGAAUCAGUCCAGAACCACCUAGCCAUGUCGAAGAGAAAGAUGAGCCUUCGAUCCAGUUGGAAAGGGCCCAGCCGCUAGAUUCCAGCACAGCGGCAGAGCCGCCGAGCAUCCGAGUCAGAGACAACCUCACAAUCGGAUGGGUCAGUCGCGAUCCGUCCAUCCGAUCUCCAUCUACGUCAUUAGAUGAUGAAAAUGUCCCGCGUUCAUUAUCGACGGGUCACGACGCCAGCCCCGCGCCGAUGGCGGAUUAUUCCGGCUUGCAGCUCUUAUCGGAUAGCAUUGAACAAUUCGUGUCGGCCGAUCAGUCGAAAUUGGCCAACGAGCCGCAAACGAAAGAGGAGCGUCGCAACGACAAUGUGACCGCAGUCGAAAUGGCCGGAAACGCGUUGGAUGUCUUGUGCGCGGCCGCUUUGUACCAGCAGUCAGAUUCGCCUCAAUCGAGCCAACCGAGAGCUGUUUCACCGGCCACGUCAUGCAUCCCCCGCCCAACCGGAUUCCAAAUGGAGUUUGACUUCCGCUCCAAGUUGGCCGAACUGCAGCGCAAGUACAAGGAGAAACAAAAGGAGCUGAGUAGUUUAAAAUGCAAAAAGAAGUCGGACAAGAAGAAGAAGCAGAAGAAACGAUCCAGCUCGGAUAAAGAAGACAAAGCUGGUCGCAGACGGAACAGCAGUAGCAGCAGCAGCCGGGACGGUAGCCACCAUUCGGCCACGAAGCAACAAGAGCAGUCAAGCGAGCCGGCCAAAAUCGUUUCGGCGCCAGUCGACUUUAUCGUACCCGGUCGUUUGGACUUGCCUUCUUCUACGCAUCGCUCCGCGGGUGUUGAGGUGGAAUUGCCGAGGAUUCCGACUUCGUACGCUGCCGCUUUAGCCUCCGCCGCAAACUCUAUGGCUCCUCCUGUACCGGCCAACGAGACAACGACGGUCGAAAAGAAGAAACGUAAGCCGGACUUCCCCGUUCGGAAGCAAGAUUCCGAACUGACCGAGACGAUCGUGCCCAGCAAGAAGCGCAAAUUCUUCCAACUGUUCCAAUGGUGCCAUUCGGCCGAUCCGACCAGUAAAAAGAACAAGAAAAAGAAUUCUUCGGGACACGAUGCUAAGAGUCCAAUGAAACCAAAGAUAAAACCCAAGCUUAAAGCCGAGGUCCAGGUGAAGCAGCUGAACAGCAGUAGCAGCGACGAAAGUGAAGAAGAAUUGAAAGCAGACGAAGAAGACGUACUGGAAGAAGACAGUGACCGACUGGAACGUCAUUGUUUGCCGGCGUUGCAAUUUCUUCAAUUAAACGACGAUAGUGGCGCGGAAAUUGAAACCAUCCCCGUGGCUUCUCCUCUUCCGCCGGCUCCAAGUCCUCCACCACCACCUGUGCCGCCUACACCUCCACCUUUAGUGGCAGAACCGGUGAUUGAGAUCCCGGUAAUCGAUCCCGAACCUAAAAUCAGUGAUCCGGAACCGAAUGAUAGCACCUCCGCUAGCACUAUCAAGUCGCCAUGGUUACUGACGCAAGAUCUACUGCAAGACGGACUACGCGUGCUGAUAGCAGAGGAGGGACUGUUCCACGGUGGCUCCGUAUCGGGCAUCCGGCCGCCCGACAUUUACGGCGUCGUCGUGGAUGGCGAACGUGGCAGCCGGCCCAGGAUUCUGUCGACGGAAGAACUUCUCCACGAAGCAUUGUUGGAAGUUUGUCCGAUCGGCCUGAAUCAAUUGCCGGUCGGCACGCGUGUUUGUGGCUACUGGAGCCGCAAGUCACGCUGCCUCUAUCCCGGUGUAGUUUCCAACGUCCAUCCGGCCGGCCCACCAAACAACGCUGGCAGUCGUAAUGUCACACGCGAGGAUGAAAUCGACGUCGAGUUUGACGACGGUGACAGCGGCCGUAUUCCCGUCAGCCAAAUUAGACUGCUUCCGCCAGAUUAUCCCGUACUAGGCAAGGAUCCAAAUCCAUUGUUGAAAAUCGAAAGCCGACGCCACAAGAGGCGCAUUUCCGAACCGGCUCCAAUUCUUGUAGCAGCUGUCAAACCGUCGGUUCACCAAGAGUUAGCACAAGUGAUUGCGGAAGAAGUGGACGAGCCGGCCAAGAAGAACAACAAGAAAGCGGAAGGCGACGAAUCGAAAGAGAACAACGACGACGGUAACGUGCAACUGAAAAAGUGUAAGAAGAGCAAGAAGCACAAGAAGAAGCACAAGAAAAAACGCCAAGCCGACGCGGCCGAUGAGACCCUGGCGGAGCAGCCGGAUUUGAUCAUUCCAAUCAGUCCCGGAUUGACGAUCGAUCACGCCGUCGAGAGUGCGGAGGCCAACGACGGCGAGCCGAUCGUCAAAAUGGAAACAAGAGGCAGCAAAGAAGCGGUCAACUACUCUGCUUCGCCCAUUCCCCGCCGGUCGGCAGCCAAGACGAAAUCUCCCGAGCCCCAGCAGGUCGAGCAGCAGCCGCGCAAAGCCAACAAAAGCAAAAUGGCAGCUUUCCUACCGGAACGGCAGUUGUGGCAGUGGUUGGGCGCCAGUUUCAAGAAAGCCUCCAAAGGCAAAGGACGCAAGGAGUUUUACAAAGCCAUUCAUCGUGGAGAUGAAAUAAUCCGCGUGGGUGAUUGCGCUGUGUUCUUAUCGGCCGGUAGGCCUGAUCGUCCCUAUGUCGGCCGUAUCGAGCUUCUCUGGCAGUCGUGGGGUGGUUCCAUGACAGUGAAAGUCCGCUGGUUCUAUCACCCGGAAGAGACUUGCGGAGGACGGCGAUUGACUCAUCUCAAGAUUCCGGGCGCAUUGUUCGAAUCGAAUCACGUCGACGAGAAUGACGUGCAGACCAUCUCGCAUUGCUGCACCGUCUCUUCGCUGGACGAUUACCGCCUUCUAUGCAAAGGCAAGCCUGACGUCAACUUAAAUUUGGACGCCACCUAUAGUUCUGGCUACGACCAAUUCUACCUGGCCGGUUUCUAUGAUCCUACAUCCGGCCACUUGAGCUUCGAGUCGGACGUUCUGGAACAGCAGCAGUAAUCCUGAGCAGUACAUAGUCUCUUCAACAUUUUUUCUCGCAAAAAUUGUUAUCCGGUGAAGGUUAAAAAGCGUCUGUAGUGCAAUACCGUUUUACAGAGCAUGUCUUCGUUUCUGGUUAUUCCGUCUACCCUCGGCAGCCUUAUAACCUGACGUGUCUCCGCUUCAAGGUCCAUGUAGAAACCUACCCUGCGCAACAUCAACAACAACAAAAAUAAGGACGCCUCUACAUUUAGUCUGGUUUACAUGUGAUACUUAUCCAACAAUAUCUUGGCUUCUAUAUAUUAUUAUAUACAGUCCAUAUAAUACUAUACAUAAUCAUAAUUAUGUCGAAUGUAAAUACGUGAAAAGUGUAUCUAUUUUGAAAAAUUCUAACUUGCAAGCCAAUCAAUAACUGUUUGGGCAAUUACUCCGGCAAUGAAAAAAAAAAAAGAGAAACAGACAAAAAAUAAUGAAAAACUAAGAAGUACCUGUUGCAACGCUUUUCGUACGCAAUUGAACCUGAUUGCGUGCCCUAAAAGAAUGUCCUGAUUUUUUUUUCAUUGUUUGUUAUUGUGUACCGUAUCGAUGCACGUUAGCCAUGUAUACCUUUGACGGCGCAUCGUAUUUAAAUUUGGACAAUAUGACUUGGUCGAUCCUACGUAGUUGGAAAGCCAAACCAA